AUGUCUGAGCCCUCGCGAGGAUCGGCAUCCGUCCCAACUCUACGAUUUCCCAGGCCCCAGGGCAACCAACGUCUUGCCAACUGGAUAUCUUCUAGUUCUCCAGACAUCAUGGCGCAGGCCUUCUUCGUAGACGAGGACGGCGCGGUCGACUCGUACGAGCUUAUCAACACUGACGGCGAGACAGAAUCCCAAGAUGGCUUGACGGCCGGCUCAACAGCCAGCUCGUUGGAUCUUCUUGCUCGCCCGAGCGACGACGAGAGCCUUUCAGGCGCCGACCAUAUCUACGAGUACGAGACUCACGACGUUAAUAUCCACAUUGAUGAACCUCAGGACUAUACAGAGGAGGUAGAGCAAGCUAUUACACAUGAAGAUGAUGAACAUGAAUCGGAAGUCGAUCUGGUUACCCCGGCACAGACGUUGAAGAUUGACAAAAACAUUGAGGUCCUGCCCAUCAAGCCUUCAAAGGUCAUCGAGCCUCAAAAAACCACCAAGCAACAGAGUGAUGACAAAUACACCAUUAUGGAUCAUAUUCGACACUCAGCCCAAACCCCAGACUUUCUCCACAAAGCUUGGAUCGUGCUGGCUGUCCUUGCCACUUUGAUCGUUGUUGCUACUUUCAAUACGAUGGGAGCCGCGCUUAUCCAGUCCCCUAUCAAGGCUUGCGAGCAGCCCAUUUCAGGUCAAAUCCAACAGGCUUUGAUCACAACAGCUGCAGUCAAGCCCCCGACGACCAUCACUACUACUGUAACGACCACCUCCACAGUAUUGCCCCCAGCCUUUUCAGAUAUCGCCAAAAAGUUAACUGGUUCUGCGGAGGGGGUGGCCAAAUCGGUCGAGGAGACCUAUCUGCCGGCGCUUUUUGCAUACGCCACCAAAAUUCGUGGGGAAGUGGCAGACUGGGGAAAAACUCAUGGGUUGACGGGUGACGCGCUCGUCAAAGCUCGGAACGAAUUCAAGGAUAGGGUUACUCCCUAUAUUCGAGUUGCCGAGGACAGCGCCAACAACUUCAGAAUCAAUGUAUUGAAAGCCCAAAUCAAGUCUAGACUUGUUUGGCUUCAAUUGCGAGGAGAAAUGGCCGAGUACCAACGUUACCAGACGCAGGCUCGAGAUUACCUCAAAGCCAAACAUCAUCAAAUGCUGACGUUACGAGCUUUGCGGGACCGGAAGUCUACGUCCACUUCCCGAUGGGGAAGGAGCCACCUGCGUCAUAUCUUUCAUUAG